AUGAAAUUGAAGAGAUUUGAAGAGAAAAUGUUCUCUGGAUCAUUUCUAAAACGAGUUCUCCCAGCUGAAUUGGCGGACACUGUUGAGUGUAGGAUGUGUCACAUCCAGUUUCCAGGAGAGAAGUGUUCCCGAGGAAGAGGAAUAUGUAGAGCAGAUAAAAACGAGGCCUGUGCAGUAGGGAAAAUUCACAGAAAAAACGGACAUUUAUGGUCACACUGGUUAACCUUCAUGGGCUGCCAAAAGAACUGUGCUGAAGUUGAAAAGAUAAAGUGGAGUACCUAUAUGGUAGCAUUCAGAUGCUGCAGGAGCUUUAACCUGUGCAAUGAAAACUUGACAAACCGUGGGUGA